AUGGCAGCAGUCCCGUUCCAAGCUGGGCUGCAUUCGCCGCACCUCUGUGGGCCGUAUGCGGCCACAGUGGUGGGGCCAGAGGUCAAAGAUGCUUCACCAACCGGAUUGCAGGUCUACUGCGACUUGGAUGGGGUUUUGGCGGACUUCAACAAAGGCUGCUUGGAACUCUUCCCUGAGGGAGGCAUCAUCGCUGAGAAGAUUCCCACCCAUUUGGUUACGAAACUCACCUGGGAGGAGGAGACUGAGAUGUGGAGACGAGUGGAGGAGACCAGUGGAGACCUGCCGGCAGUGAAUGGAGAGAAGUCGGACUUCUUCCUCUCUUUGGACUGGACCUCGGAUGGCGAGGAACUCUGGCGCUGGAUCGAUUGGAACGUGGUGCCCUCCCCAGCCAUCUUGACCGGUUUGCCGAUGGGACGUGCGGGACAGAUGGCUUCCAAGCAGAAGGACGGCGAGAGUAACAAGCAGAAGUUCAGCGGCCCCAACUGCAUCUUGAUCGAUGACCGCGGUGACUUGCGAGAAGCCUGGGAGGCACGAGGUGGGCUCUUCAUUCAUCAUACCUCCGCCGCCGAGAGCAUCCGCCAGCUGCGCGAAGCCUUGAACGCCUUCCAUCGAAGCGAUCGGAGCCGGCCGGGCGAGGAGAAGAGCCCCCGGAGCGUCUCCACCGUCGCAACGUCCUCACCGAGCACACUUGGUGCUCCUUUGCAACUGACCAGCGUUUGUUGGGCUGCGCAGACACCGGCAGGGUGCUUCAAAAAGAACUGCCGAUAUCUCCAUGUGCCAAUCUCGCAACGGCAUCGAACUUUGACAUUUGUCGGCCAAAGCUACAAGCUGCAAGGUAUCCGUGCAGUAUAUGCCCCAGAUCACCAGGCUGCCUUCAAAGGUCAAAAUGAUCAGAUGGACGAGCAGUCACAGGGAGCUUUCCGCAAGAUGCUGGAAACCCUUCGAGAGUGCUGUGAAUUGGGAUUGCCGCUGACCUUUCUACAAGAUCACCAAGGCACCCAGUCUACCCAGGGCACCCUGAUGGCUCCGUCACCUUUGCCACCACUUCCUUGGCAAGUGAAACAAGUGCACGAGAAGAUGACAGAGGUGGCCCGGUUCCUCAGCAUAUGA